GCUCCAUAGUUGUUAAACAAGCGUAGGGGAGCAUACAGCUACGAGAAUCAGAUCCUUUGAGUUUUUUUAAAUUAAUGAAGAUUUAGCGACGUGUCCUGCAACGCUACAUAGUUACUUCUACCUUCAAAAAGUCACGUUAUUCAAAAAGGCAGCAUGUUAACAGGAAGGGUUGACAAAAUGUGAAAGGAGACUUCUGGCUCUUUUGCAGCUUGUGGCCAACUUUGCGUUUGUUACAUUGACCUUAGUCCCUCUGCCGCGGACAGUCCCCGCUAUGUUUCCUUUAGACUCUCCGUGGAACAUCUCGUUCGCAGGUUGCGGCUUCCUCGGUAUCUACCACGUCGGUGUUGCCAGCUGUCUGGUGGAGCAGGCUCCUUUUCUGGUGCAAAACGCCCGGCACGUUUACGGCGCUUCAGCCGGAGCAAUCACUGCCACUGCCCUGGUGACCGGAGUGUGUCUUGGAGAGGCUGGUGCAAGCAUCAUUGAUGUUGCCAAAGAGGCGAGGAAGCGUUUCCUGGGACCCAUGCAUCCUUCAUUUAACCUGGUGAAGAUCGUGCGUCAUGUGCUACAGCGAACUCUGCCAGCUGAUUGUCACAAUCAGGCAAGCGGGCGGUUAGGAAUCUCUCUGACCCGAGUGGCAGACGGAGAAAAUGUUGUGGUGUCUCACUUCAACAACAAGGAGGAGCUGGUGCAGGCAUGUGUCUGCAGUGCCUUCAUCCCAGUGUACUGUGGCCUCAUCCCGCCCACACUGCAAGGAGUGCGUUAUGUGGACGGAGGGAUCUCAGACAACCUGCCUCAGUACGAGCUGAAAAACACAAUCACUGUGUCGCCGUUCUCUGGAGAGAGCGACAUCUGCCCCCGAGACACCUCGACCAACAUGCACGAGCUGCGAUUCACCAACACGAGCAUCCAGUUCACCCUCACCAACCUCUACAGAGUCUCCAGGGCCCUUUUCCCUCCAGACCCGAUGGUUAUGAAGGCCAUGUGUAAGCAGGGUUACAAAGAUGCUCUGCACUUUUUAAAGAAGAAUGGAUUGCUUCACUUCAAUGAACCACAGAGAGACAAACCCCUGCUGACAAAUGGCAACGAAAAUGAGGAUUAUAAUGAUGAGGAGGAGGAAAAGCUACAUGUGGAAGAGGUAGCAGUGUUGGUCGAUUCCAGUUCCUCAAUAGAGGAGCAUAUCAUAGAGCACCUUCCACCAACCCUGCACAAAGCUCUAGUCGAGGCCUGUAUGGAGAGGAGGAGUCUGGUGCAGUCGCUUAGCAACAUGCUUCCUGUCAGGAUGGCCUCAGUCUUGAUGCUCCCCUACACCCUCCCUCUGGAGUCCGCCAUGUCCUUGACUCUCAGACUCCUGGAGUGGCUGCCAGAUGUGCAAGAAGACAUGGGAUGGAUCAGAGAGCAGAUAUUAAAAGUGCUACAGCAUGUUCUUCGCCAGGCUUCUAAAAGUAUCCAGCAUGUGUCUGCACGUUUAUCCUGGCAGCUGGAACUGCAUCACUACGAGUCCCUCCAGUCCCAGCUCAGCUCCAGCAGCCUGUUUCCUGGUUCUUCAGUACUUGAAGCCUUCAUGCGCCUCGAGCAGUACAAGAGGCAGCUGCUGUCUGGAGUUCUGUGUAUCAACAUGGACCUGCAAGGCUCUUCAGAACUGGACAGACGUCGGCAGAGGAGUCCUCAAUCCAUCCUCUCCCCAGAAGGCCUCACCCUGCACAAAGGUUAUCUAAGCGUUCUACCUGCUGCCGACUCUGGAAAAGUCGUCAGCGGCACCUGAGAGCUUUGACAGAUCUCCUGUUCUACAGUUCAGACAUACUUAUUCUAAAUCGAGGAAUAGUUCAAAAGAAUUAC